GUCUGGCUCAGUGGGCUAACUAAAAGUCUAUCAACAAGCUAGUUAGCAGGGAGCAAUAUGGUGAACGCUAUCGGCGAAGCACAAUCAAGAAGAUAACAUGCAGUAGCUAACCGAGAGUUACUCUGGCGUCUUGGCAAUCACCGACAAGCCUCGGGCCGUUUCAGGUGGAUGUUAAUUAGCGGCUUCAUUCAUGCGGUCGCUGGUGCAGAGAGGAGUUUGAGCUCUUGAGCGGCGCGGGCAAGCUCGCUGGGACAACACGGCUCACUCACCGUGUCGGAGCAUGGUGGUCCCGGACAGUGCCAGCGUGGUCCCCCAGCCUGACAAUGGCAGUCCCAGCGGCCACAUGGAGAGCUCCAAGUCCGGGUGCGAGGAGGAAGAGGAGGGGGGUCAAAACCUAGCAGGGGUGGAGCUGGAGGAGGUCCGAAAGCUGCAGGAGCUCGUUCAUAGAUUGGAGGUCCAGAAUGAGACGCUCCGCAACAGGGGAAGCAAGAAUAUCAUCCACAGAGGAGCCAGCAGCAACAGCAACCUCACAGCUGCCGUCAAUAUCAAUGAGAGACUGACUUGUGACCUUAGGUUGGAGCACAGUGGUGAGCUGGGCAGCAGAGACUUUGAACUGUCACCCCCUCAGGACAGCAGCAGCGGUGAAGACAUGUCCCCUCUUCCUGUGGCCAACAGACUGGAGGAAGAGGAUGAAGAGGAGGGGGUAGAGGAGGAGCGGGGUCCAUGUGGGCGCUUUCUCACAUUGACUCACAGCAAUGGAGCUGGGCAGACCCUGGGGCAAAGCCAGACACCAGACAGCCCCUCUCAGGAAAGUUAUGAGUCAGAGACACUUGCAGAGAGCGACUCAGGGGUGGACCAGACUGCACUGGAUGAGGUGGAUGUCCUAGAUUUGGAGGAUGAGUGUGCAGAAGUAGAUGACGCGGACAGUUGGUUAUAUGUGUCUCCUAAAAAGCAAGUAGCAGAGGCUGGCCCUGGGUCUCCUUUGAAGUGGUGUCGGCAGGUUCUUGACCACCGCAGCCCGGAGACAGAAAUAGCAUGUCGGACCCUGAUCAACCGUUUGGACCAGACGUCUCGAUGGAGAAACAUGUACAGCAGCCCAUCAGCAGAGGCAGGCUCGGCAGGCUCAGGCCUGAUCUCUCCUGGGUACCACAAAUCAACUAACAAAUCCCUACUAACUUGUGGCAGCUCAGGUGUCACAGGUAUGCAAUCAGCCCUGAGCUCCCAGUCCUCUAUAGACAGUGAACUCAGUACAUCAGAUGACUCCAUCUCAAUGGGGUAUAAGCUGCAGGAUCUCACGGAUGUCCAGAUCAUGGCUCGCCUACAGGAAGAGAGUCUGAGGCAGGAUUAUGCUUCCAGCUCAGCGUCUGCAUCACGCCGCAGUUCCACAGCGUCUCUGCAGUCCCUGCGCCGGGGUGGCACCUACAGCGACCAGGAAUUUGACAGUUACAGCCUAGAAGAUGAAGAGGAUGAAUUCUGCUCUCUGCCCCAACGGCGGCAUCGCUUCACCCCCUCGCCCUUAGGCUCACCCCGGUGCCUGUCUCCCUCCACUUCCAACCACGGUCAGGAAUAUAGCAGCCGACUCGGGGCUCCACGCACAAGAACCCCCAGACGAUCUCUUCAGGGCCCCAGUGCAGAGCUGCUCAAAUUUGCUAAGAGUGAGGAAGAGUUGAGGCACAGCAUGCCUAAUCUGGCCCCCCGCACCAGCCUACGUUCCCUGGAGGCAGUCAGAAACAGCCGCAGCAUGGAGGCUAACCUCCAGAGCUCUGGCAACCGCAUGUCCCACCUGACUCACUCCCCCUCCACAGGUAUGGCUUGUAGUCGACUGCGUAGCAAUGGCCAGUCUCCUCUCUCCCUGCGGGCUCCAGUUAAAGCUGUCACUCCUGUGGGCCCCGUGGCACCUUGUCGCCAGUCUUCCCGAGGUUUGCCUGUUGUCCACACACUUCCUGUAGGAGGGGCCCGCAGGGUCCAGUCACCGGGCUCCACUAAUGGUGGAGCCUAUGUACCCGGGAGAGCCUCUGCUGGAGCAGGCAGGCCUGUAGUGGGCCGAGGACAGGCUGCACCAUCAGCGUCAACCAGGAGUAAACUUUCACAGCCGCCAAGGAGGUCUUUGGGCAUGACUAAAAUCCCAGACGACGCCUGGAAAGAUGGCUGUUACUGAACCUGACCGAGGAUGAAGGAUGUCCACUGCUGCAACCUACAUGUGACCUUUCCCCAUUGACCUUUCAUAGUACAAAGAACACAGCCAAUGUGUCACACAACCUCUCAGUCCCCCAUUUCAGACUGGAUCGCUGGGCUGCACUGGAUUUGUAGUUAAGAUUCAUCUCUUUCCUUUGCAUGAAACAUUGUCAACCCACACACAGAGAGGAUGUGUAGGCAGACAUGAAGGCACACACGCACACUCCACUUGUUAUAUGGACCAACUCAGAGCUUCCAGAAGAUUUGUUUGUGUCAAUUUUACUUAUUUUUCUAUGGUAAUUGUGAGAAACUGCUGGAAUAUUAAGGGUUGUAAUAACUUUAUUCUGUUGAUGUUGUUGAUAUGAAGACAAUUUAAAUGAAGAUGUUGCUGGUUUGUGCAUUUUCUGUGUGAAUUCCUACUAGAUGAUGGUGCUGAGUGUUGCAUGCUCGGUUUUGGUUUUCCUUACCCUUUUCAUCAUUAUGUAACUCAAAUAUGACAAAUCUUCCAUGUGUCCCUACAAUGAUCCGUGAGAAUUUAUGAAUGUUUGAGUGGUUCCUAGUGAUAUUCUCUCUUAGAUUUGUAGUAUUUCUGUUUUUGCUCUUUGCUUUUACACAGCAAUGCAAUUCCUGUAAACCACACUGCCCUUAAAUAGUAUAAACAAGGAAAAAUAUAGUUUGUGCCAAGGUGCAUUUCUGCUGCAACACUCUUUCAAAUUCCAGAAGUAAUCUGAAGUCAUCAAAGGUACUGUUGGCAUACUGCAUUUUCCAGGCAUUUUUACUGCAAAUCCAAUGGUGGAUUUGAGUGUUUGCUUUUGGGUACCACUGUAAUAAAUAAAAUGUUUAUGCACGAAGGCCUUGUGCCAGCUAUGCACCCUAAUGCAGAGUGCCUCUGA